UGCUCUCACAAUUCUGUCUUUUGGUUUUUCGCCGUCAUUGUGGUUGGUCGUCGGUUGAAAAUAGCGUUUUCUGUGCAAGUACGAAAUAAUUUUUUUUCACCUAAAUAAAUACAAAAAUAUAUGUGUAUAUAUCAAGAAAAGAUUACAUGCAACAAAUAUAAUCCAAAUUACCAAAAAUAUAUAUUUAAUAAAUGCCAAUAAAGCAUUCUAUAUGGCCCACUAAAAUAAAUUGUCUGUGAAAAAGUAAUCAAACGUCUUUGAAAUUGUGUAACCACAAGAAGGUCGAAUUUACAGAGAACUUUGAAAAAAAAAAAUUAAAUAAAAAAGUCGUACUAAAAUAAAGUUUUACUGUUCCCAACAAAACGAAAAGAGAAAUAAUUUGAAUAGAAAACAAUAAAUAUAAAAUAUAAAAACAAGUGCAAAAAAAUAAAACAAAAUAAAAAUAUUAUUUUUGAAGGGUUUUAAAAAGAAAACAAAAAAAUAAAAAUACAACCUUUUAAACACACAAACAUACUAAAUUAUGUUUUAAUUUUCCAUGUGUGUUGUCAUUUUGUUGUCCCACAGUGUGUGUGUAAACGAGUCUGUAUGGGAUUUUGAGUGAGUGUUAAUACUAGCAAUCAUUUAUUACUCAGGUGAUAAAAAUCGUGCAAAUAAAACAAAUAAUUAAUAAUAUUUAGUUUUACAAAAAUAUACUGCUAAACUAAAUAAAUAUAAAAUACACGUUUUUGUUUUCAUUUUCAUAUGUUCUCUAUUUUAGAAGUCAUAUAAAUAACGAAAAUUCUUUCUAUUACCAGAUCAAUGUUUUCUUUUGAAGCAACAAAAAAGUCAAGUGAAAAUGUAAACAAAGAAAAAUAGAAACAAAGUGUAAAUUAAAAGAAAGAAUAUAAUUCUAAAAAAACAACAAAAAAAAACUACGCAUAUUUUCAAAAAAGUAAAAAUAGUAAUAACGCGCGCGCAACUUAUACACAAAAUAAAAUACCUAUUUUUUACCAACAAAGUUUAAGCAGACUGUCUACAUCAAAUAAAGAAAAAUAAAAACAAAUUUUAAACUUUGAUGAACAAACAAAAAAUACAACAACAAUUUAAACACCAACGAAUUAAAUCAAAUAAAAGGUUGAAGAAAAAAACUGAAAAGAAAAGGUUGCAAUAAAUAAACAUUUUGAAAAAAACGUGAAUAUGAGUAGUUUUGUUAACGAUAAUGUAAGCGAAAGCAAAAAACAAGAACAACAAAUAACUGAAAAUCAAGAAAAUAGUGAAGAAACAACUACUGAAACAAAAACAUCAACAACAACAGCAGAAAAAAACAAUCAAUCUGAAAAAGCAACAAUAAGUAAUAAUGAUAAUAAAGUUAACAACAAAUCUAAUGAAACAAACGAUGAAAAUAGAAAAACAAUAAUACAUGAAAAUAAAAGUGAAAAAAUAAGCGAAGAUAGAAAACUAACAAAAACGACAACAACUACAAACAAUUUUGAUAAUAACGAUGUUGUUGUUGCUACCGUCGAUAAAGAUAAACAAAAAGAUAAACACGAUGAUGUUGCUACUGCUCUAGGUAAUAAUGAGAAUUUAAAUAAGCAAACAGACGUUAAUAAAUUGACAACAGCACAAAUAAAUACAAGCGCAGCAGCAGCAUCAUCAUCGGCUGCCCUAUCUGCCGCCACUUGUUGUCUCUCAAAUAUGCCAGCAGGCGAUGUUGAACAACACCAGCAACAACAAGUGGCCACAAUUGAUAAUAAACAAACGACCGCAACAUCUAACACGCAUAGCAAUACGUUACCAACAACAACUGAAAUCAGCAAUGAAGAAGCUAACUCAAUGAAGCAAUUGCCCACUGAAGUAGAGAGUAAUGUAAAAUCAUUGUCUACAACAUUGCCUGCAACAGCAGCAGAAACAGCAACAGUAACCUCGCCUUUGCCGCCACUACCACCGGCUUUAAACACACCAAUCGCUGGCUCCCAUUUGCCACAUAUUUGUAGUGAACCCACAUUUGGCGUCCAAUUACGUAAUAGAAAUACAGAGGAUCAGCAGCAGAAUAAAAGUAAUAGCCCAACAAAAGCAAGUGGCAGUGGUAACAGUGCUCGUGAUUGGCGCCCAAAUACGUCGGCCCUAAACUAUAGUAGUGUUAUUAAAUCGGGCACCGUAAGUGCAUCAGCCUCGCCAAAUAUGGUGCGUAAAACAUCGGAUUCAUCAGUUUUACUACCACGUCGCGUGUCCUUUCCAAAAAGUGACAAUGAAUUGGUCACUGGAUAUUUGGAGCCGGCAAAUCCUUGGGAACAUGUUUGUAUGGUUAAAAGUAUUUCGGAAAUUGCUGAAUUGUAUAUAACGUCAUGUCAAAAGCACAACACAAAACCAUUGCAAUCAAUAUUGGACCAUUUAAAGGCAGUGGAUCUUACCAAACAAUUGAGGCGACAACCACUACUAUCACUGAAGUCAAUCAAAUUGGCGCCAAGUGAUUGUGAAGCAUUAGAAGAAGUAUUAAAAAGGGUGCAGUACAAAUCAAUAGAUCUCUCCGAUUGUAAAUUGGACGAAGCGGCGGCCAGUGCCCUUUUUGAUAUGAUUGAAUAUUAUGAGGCUGCACAUGAAUUAGACAUUUCGUCAAAUGCCGCUGGCAUGACACAUCGAAGUUGGAUAUCAUGCACUUAUAUGAUAAGUCACAGUCAGGAACUGCAGGUGCUAAAUGCAGAAGGCAAUCCAAUAUCAAAACUAAGUGCAGAUCUUUUAGGAAAUGCUUUAAGUACUUCCAAUUUGCAUACGUUAAAAUUAGAACAUUGUGGUUUAAAAGGGGCACCGUUGAGCGGUUUGUGUUAUAAACUUUUCCACAAUAAAGUUCUAAAAGAACUUUGGCUGGCACAUAACGAUUUAGAUUGCCAUGAUGCUGAUACAAUAGCGGGAAUGCUGAAAUGUAAUCAUUAUAUAGAGCUAAUCGAUAUAAGCAAUAAUAAUAUAAGGGACGAGGGUUUGCGUCACAUAGUUAAGGCUUUGAUUAUGCAAUCCAUUGAGAUGGAACGACGAACAACAUUUCAACGUACAGCUGCCAUAGACGAUGAUGGUGAUGGUGAAUGUAUGUCGCCAGUUGAAUCCUCUCCUCCUGUGGAUCUUGCGGACAAAGGUGAUAAUGCGACAUUAGAUUGGAAUGCCAAAAAGGACCAACAACCAAAUGAAACACAGUCAUUGAAAGCGACAUCAAAAAGCAGUGAUUUAGUUAGUGAGAGUAACAUGUGUAAGGAAACACCGUCUAUCUUGCCAUCAAUUGAAGAAAAAGUGAAAGGUGUCGCAGUAGAAACGGGGAGUGAUGAUGUCGUACAUGAACAACAUAAAGUGAAACCUCCAUUAAUAUCAUCUGUUGGAUCGACAAUCGAUGAAAAUGAUGGCGAUGAAGAUACUGAUGACACAGUACGUUCCAGUACGAUUAGAAACCCAUUGCAAAGCACCAGUGGCGGUCAAUCCAUGCUUGAUAAACUUUUAUCGAUGAACAGUGAAAGCAGUAGCGAAGACGGCGCAUCCAACUUAUCCACAGACACCUUAGCCGCCUGUAAUUCUGAAGAUGCUAGUUUAAUUAGUGAUGAAAUAUUCGAUUCUGCUGCUACCACUACAACAAGUACAAGUACAAAUACAAAAGCUCCAACAAACACCUUAGGCUUGGAAGUAACAUCUCUAAGUGAGGGUACAGUGACGUUGACUAGUGCCAUUGUAAAUCCAACAAGUACUGCAUCCUCAGAAGGUAAUAAAGAUGGAAAAGAAAUAGCGAUAGUUUUUCAAAAUUCUCCUCGAGAAUGUCCGUUUAUCGCUGGUAACAAUGUCACACUGGAUGAGACAAAUGUAGUUUUAGUUAAUUCUCCCGUCAACUUGAGUAAUACAGCAAAUAUUCAAAAUACGCUAGUAAUUAAUAAUAAUAACAACAACAAUAAUAACAAUAAUUCAACCCCCCAAACAAUCAAUAUGCCAUUAUCCUCUACACAUACAUCGUGUUCACCCGCCUUCUCAAAUAUUGCCAACGAUCAAAAUGUAGCAAGAUCGGGUGUGUUUGAAGUGACUGCAGAGGAGAGCGACUGUCUUGUGAGUGGUGGAAGUGUAUCUCGAGUGGCGGUUGGUGAUGACGUCGACAUGCGUACGGGGGACCACUCAAAUGUGAUGCAACAUCAUGCUGCCAGCCGAGCUUUGGAUGUUAACAAGAAUACAAAACUGGGAGAGGAUUUCGAUGACACCCACAGUACGGACUCCGCAUUCGAAAGUGCCUCGGAAGGUGAUAUUAGUCGUCAUCUGCCGGAAGAAUUUACCCGCCUAUCUACAUCGCUUGAAAGUACACGAUUCGAUGAAAUUGCCAAAGAGUUGGCUAUUGAGACAGCCACAAUUGCAUCGGAAUCCAACGAAUGCCUUAUAGCGGCCGCAGCUCAAGUGACGCCAUCAUCCACACCUACCCCACCAACUCCACCUUUCACCAAUCUUUCAACGCCUUUAACAGAAAGAGAACGUCUGGCAGCCGAUUCGCCUAUUAAUUCUUGCCUUUCUUCUUCGCUGCCCACUGUUACGACAACAACACCUCCCACGGUUCAAGUAGGCUUUGUUACUUUGGAAGAGCCUACGGAACCUCAAGUUACAACUGCGAAUGAAGUUCGCGAUAAAAUACCAAAGGUGACAAUUGCUCAGGAAAGCCUUACACAGAAGUACAAAUCGAAUAGUACAAUAUGUACUAGCCCCAGUCCCACACCUACACCACCGCCACCAUCCACAUCCCCGGGCGGAGCAAGCAGUGGUUUACGGCGUACAGAAUCCAACUGCGGAUUUUUGACCCAGUCUUCUCGCAAUCGGUCUCAAAGCACAGAUAGUCUGUGCAGCGACAAUUCGUUGGAUGGCAGUAUAGGCAGUGGCGACUUAAAUUUUUCAUCCUCAUCCAACCUUAACGAAAAAAUUACUAAAAACGAUACACUAACGCGGCAGCAACGGCCUAUGGACGCUACGCCAGAGCUUGGCACAAGAACACCAGGCGGCCUAAAGGCACUGGCAGUCUGGAACAACAACUUAACAAAGGAAUCUGGCCUCUACAUCUCAGACUUACUAGCGGAAACUGUCUCGCUAGAACUGCUCAAUAUUGGCAAGAAUUGUCUGUCAAAUGACUUCGUAACUACAAUAAAGGAAAGUCUUACAAAAAAUACUACAUUAACCACUCUGGGCCUACAGAGCGCCCACCUCAGUGCCAAAGGUAUAGAGACGCUAUCGUCCAUUCUAACGUUCGGUGGGAACAGCACCCUGCAACGAAUCGACAUACGCGACAACAAGUUAGAAGUGGAAAGUCUUACAAAAAUAGCCGAAGUUUUAAAAUCGAAUACCACCGUAACGCAAAUUGACAUUGACGAUGAGCCCAAACGUCUCUCCGUGGGUAGUGAAGCCCAUUUAGACUAUGCACGCGUCUUAGAAAAUGUACGAUCGAUGUGUUCCCGCAAUGAAAAAACACAAGCUCAAAUCCAACAGGAAAAAUCUGCGGCAAAUGUAAUGGGCAAGAGACGAGGAGGUUAUUACCUUGGAUCGCGAAAGAUAUCAUUAACUUGCCAAAGCCGACCGGUUGUGGAUACGACGAAAAAUGUUGUAGUUUCUGUGUCUAAUAGCAAAUUAGAUAUUAAACGCAAAACCGGUACAAGAUUGCGCUCCCCAGUACCCAGUCCAACUACAAUAUCUCCAUCGUCGUCACCAAAUCGUGCUAGUAGGUUUCAAGUUUUUCGGGUGCCAGAAGCCAGCCCACUAACAUCGCCAAAUACACAAAAACCGAUUGGCAACAGUCUUGUUGCCGCAAAGGCUGUUUCUAUGAGUAGCGCAGCUAUACCAUUAUCCUCAGCAACGGAAAGAGGAGGUAAUGAUCCUAUUUAUCAAAACAUUACAUCUACCUCGCUACCAACAUCCUGUUCGCUACCAUCAAUGGCAACAAUUUCGUCAUCGACGCAAUCUAUUAAGCGAUUGUCGGUUUCACCACGUUCACGUUUCCUAGUGCGUAAAGUAUACGAAGAUCCUAAUCUACCCUUGACCAGUCGCUUUACCCAACCCAUAACACCUCCAAUUAAUCCUCCACCAACGCCCAUAUCGCGAAAUGCUAAAGAGUCAUUAACGGGAUAUUUAGAGACUACGCCACCCACACAAUCGCAUAAACGUACAGAUGAACGGCGGCAGGAUUCACUCAUUAGUGGUAGUAGUAGUAUUACGACAGCAGCACAAGUUACACCCCCAACAACAUUUGUUACGCCGCCGCCCACCAUAAUUACGCCACAGCAAGAGUUCAAUACUACCACCGAAACAUCUGCAACAAUAAAUACUACACCUAUUUUGAAAUUGCAUCGGGACACUUCUGCAAUGAAAACACCAGCGGAAGCAGAAAUAUCAUCAGGAACAAGAACAACAACCACAAUACAACAAUGUGAGCAAAGUACAAAUAAUACAAUAACAAAUGACAACAACAUUACCAAUCAGACACAAACUUCAACAACAACACCGGCACCAUUAUCAACGACUCCAGUAACAGUACCAAUAAGUUCCAAUAACCUACAGCCUUCACCAUCGCUCCUCUCCACAUUAUCCUCCUCUUCUGACUCAUCUACGUCAUCUUCAUCAUCGUCCUCUUCCUCUACUUCUCCUGCUAGUAACACAGAUAGCUCAGACUCAUCUAUAUCACCAGUAUCAUCGGUUCAUUCUAAUGAAGCAUUAAGCAAACAGCAACAACAUGACCUAACUGGAUCUGGCCAAUGCCCAAUUGCAGUGUUCAGUGACAAUGACAUUACGUUAACCAAAAAUACUGUUAAUGAGGUGUUUGGUCCAGUUGCUGCCGCAGCCGCCGCUGCUGCAGCCAGAGAAAAUAUUGGCAAUAUUGUUGAAACGUCAAACGAAAAUAUAAUGCAACCUGCUGCACAGCAACAGGAACCACAACAGCAACAACAACGCGUACGUAAAGUAUCCUGGAUUUCAAAUCCAACAGCAGUUGAUAAACUGUUGACAUUAUUUCACAAUCCAACUACCAUCUUUCAGCGUAGCUCAUCGCCAGAGUCAAAACCACCAGUAGCAUCAUCGACAACAAAUACAGCGGCCACACAAUUGAGCCAGUCACCACCAACAUAUGCAGAAGCUGCAGCAGCCGCGGUUUUAGCUGCACAGCAGCAACAAAAGUCACAAACGAGUCUAGUACCUUUGCGAAAGCAAUCCCCACCAUCAUGGACGAAACUUGGCAAUGAUAUUAUAACAGCAGCUGCUACAAACAACGUAGAUUUGGCCAAUACUGUAGCAACAACAGCAGCAGCAGUUGUAACCGAACAAUCAAGAUCAUUUUUCGAUGCCGCAAAACAAUUGCGCGACUUUAGCAAACAAGUAUUUCGUCAAAAUCUAUCAUUUGGCAAUGAACCAGUAACCACAGCGUCUACCAGUAGCACAACAAUGACCACAGCCUCAGCACUUAAUGUUCAACCGACAGCCAGCGAAAGUAACAGCGGAAUGUUGUUAGGGCGGGCCGGCGAGUACUGCGGUUGUGGUUGUGUUGGCACAGCAACUGGAUGUUUGUGUGGCACUAUGCUAACCACUGAAUGUAAUGCGGAUUGUAUACCCACCGAUGUUAAGCAGGAGAUAAAAGAGAAUAUAUCGCCUGAACAUACAAUUAACGAAGAAACCUUGCAUAAAAUGCAAAAAUUAUAUGGCAGCAGUGCUGCUAUAACUACCGCAGCAGCAACAAUUAAUUUUGAGCCAAAUGAUGAUAAUAAUGAAACAACUAUUAUUGACUCACCAGCAACUGCAGCAGCAGUAACUCCACCACCGCCUACAACCACAACACAAAUACAACAUUCAACUGUCGCAGCAACAAGUGGCAUUGAAAGUGAAUUACCUGCGCACAAUACUUAAACAAACAACAGCAACAACAAUAUGAAUACAACAUUAUUAAAUUGUGAAUACAAUAGUGUUGCAUUAAAAUGGCACUACUAUACGUUUUUUUGUAUGUGCUGAAGGUGCAAACUCGUAUUCAAACACAAACACACACACACAAAUAUAAAUAUAAAUACCGUUCGUUCUACCACCCUACACCAACCUAAAUCUUACUUUGUUGCCUUGUUGUAAGUUGUUUAUUAUUAAAUUAUUAAUUUUGUUAUAUAUUUUUUUUUAAACUAAUCCCCACACCUAUCGCCCCUGCCCCUACACCCUCUUUAUUUAAUAUUUUUUUGUUUGUUUUAUAGUUAUAAUAAUUAAUUUUUUCGUUAUGAAUUUGCUACACACAACUAUAUAUAUUUUUUUUUGUUAAUUUUAAGUUUUUUUUUUUUUUUUAUUUUAAUAUUUUUAUUUCUUAUUUUUUGUUUUAAUCAUACUUGUAUGUAUAAAUAAAUAAUUAUUAUGGUCUUUAUUAUCAGAAUAUGUCGUCUACUACUACCAUAACUACCUAGCUAGUUUAGUUUAAGCCACUUUUUAUAAUAAUUAUAUUGUUUUCAUUAUAAUUUUUUUUUCUUAUUCAGUAAUUGUGAAUUUGUUUCUGUCGUAAUCGUAUCUAAUUAAGUGUGAUAUUUAGCUAAAUAGUUAAACAAAAAUCAUUAACCAACAAAAUAUAUACAUAUACAAAAAAUAAAAAAACAGUAACAGUGGAAUUUGCUAAACUUAGGAAUGUAAAUUACAAGUCAAGAUACAUAUACCUACAGAUGUAUGUAGAUAGUUAGAGUUAUAGACAAAGAUUAGACAUUAUCAGCUGCAGUAAAGUUCAAAAUAAUGAGGCAAUGUUUUUGUUUACUUUUAAGAUACAAUUUAAUGCUUUAACAUACUUUGUUAGCGUUUAUGAAUAGGAUGAAGAAUGUGCACGUUAAUAAGCAGAAUUUAACUAUUUUUUUUAAUAAUUAUUUGUACUUAAAAAAUAAUUAAUUGUUUCUAAUAUAGAGAAAAUAUACAACUAUUUAUAUCUAAACGCUUCAAAAGUACUUAUCAUACACUUUUUGUAUAAAAUUUAGAUAAUGCGUUUCUUUUUACUAAUGUUCUAAUUUUAAUUGAAUGAAAACACAUUUUGAGUGGUUAUUUUGUAACUGGUUUCGAAAACAAUUUCAUUUUAUAGGUUAUGCUUUAAGCAUUGACUUUCGAAAGUGUUUUCUUUCGAAUCGAAACACUCAAUACAUACCCAUUUUUAAAAGAUAUUUACUUAAACAAGUUUUUCAUGUUAUUUUGUGCCAUUUAAAACAAAUUUUUAACCCAGAGAUCAAAAUGUAUUUUUCUAAAUGAUUAUGCUGCGCUAAAUCCGAAUCUUUAUUUUAAUGUUUACAGAAUGGACUUUCGGAUGGCAUAACAACAUUUUAUAAAUAAAAUUGGACCAAAAUGGCGUUUUUUCAAACUUCAGGACGCAAUAUCUUAAAUCUGAGGUCUGAUUCAGGUUCAGCGGGGCUUAAUCCUUAGAUAAAUAUAACUUGAUCUUAGGGUUUCUACUUUUUUCAAAAGUAUGUACAUUGUGAUCAAAAACAUUGCCUUGUUUAUAUAUUUUAUGUACAAAACAAACAUUAGAUUGGCUGCUCUAGACAAAUAGACGGCUCAAAGCUAAAUGUGUGAGAACUCUACACAAACAAACAAAACAGCAAAUAAAACAAAGAUUAAAACAAAACUGUAAUAAAAGCAACAUAAGGCUCACUUAACAAAUUUAAUUACAAAUAAAAAAGAAUAAUUACACAACAAUACAAUUUAAUAGAAAUUAAAUAAUAACUCAAACAAUUUAACAACCCAUAGUUAAAUUAUAAACCUAAAACACAUGCAUACAUUAAUACAUAUAUACAUAUGUAUGUAAGUACAAUAUAUACUUUUGUUUCCUUUAAUUUACUCUCUCUCUCACUCUAAUUAAACAAUUAUCCUUUCAGUCGUAGUUGUAAUUUAUGCGUGUGAAUUGUUUGUUUUAUUUUUUUUUACUAUUUAAGAAAGAAAAAACAACCAAAACAAUUUUCUUCUUAAUAGUUUAUUUCUGUAAAUACCUACAAAAAACAAACAUAAUAUUAAAAUAUAUUUAUAUAAAAUAAAAAAAUGAUAAAAAUAAACAAAUACAUACAAACAACAAACAAAUUAUACAAAACAAUUAAAAAAAGAAACUACAAAAACCACAACAAACCUAUGUUAACUUAAAAUAAUUUUAAUUUCUUUUAAAACAAAUUUCUAAUUAAGUCUUAUUUAACUAACAAACACUAAUCUCUAUAUUGCUUAAUAUUGUUUAGUUUUAGUUUUAUUUUUUUUGUAACAUUUAUUAGCCAAACAGAUAGAAAUGAAAGAAAUUGUGUAUAAAUUAUAUAAAUGUAAAUAUUGGUAAUUGAAAAGUUAUCCAGCUGGAUAGACGAAAAGUUGUUAAUAAGUACUUCGUUUACAUUAAUUUAAAUACAUAAUUGAGCUAAUGAUUUGUACGAAAUGAAACUGUUUUUUAUAGAAACUUAAAGAUUAUAUGUACAAUUGUAUGAUAUUCUUUCCAUCUCUUUAAAACAAACUGUGUAUAAACAGAAGGAAGGUUGUGCAGGAUUGUCUUUUAAUUAUAUUUUCCUUUAAACAAAUUUUUUACAACACAGUUUCCUAUAACAUUUUACAUUUUAUUUUAUUUGAAAUAUGUGUUUCACUACUAAAACUGUUUAAAUUGGCUUGAUGGUUUAAAUUAAAUUCUGUUAUACCCGUAAUUUCAACAAAUACAUAUCUAUCAGUCCCUAGGUACUGAGUUGAAAUACAUGCCAACUUACAUCAGAGCUAAAGAUACCUAAUAUAUAUUUUAUAUAAUAGAUACAUAUCUAUUUGUUGAGAUUACUGACAUUAAUUAUCUAGAAAAUUGAGAAAUUGAAACUUGAAUUGAAAAUCUUUCAAAAAAAAAAAAA